AUGCUUCCGAAGCUAAACGUUCCCACUCGUCUUAAUAAGAGCUAUCUAAUGGAGUAUAGAGCACAUAAAACCAUCCCAAGGGCUACCCAGAAGCCACGGGAGCAUGAAAGAUCGACUCCUAACUACCGUACAAUAUUAUGUAAGUUUUUCCUGAUGAACUCCUGCAAGCACGGGGACAGCUGUACGUACUCCCACGACACAAGCAAGUUUCCAUGUAAAGCAUUUCACCUCAAAGGUAAUUGCACCAGAAAGGACUGCCCCUUUUCUCAUGAACCCCUAUCUGGAGCGGCUAUGGAAGAAAUGAUCAACGAAAAGGAGGAGGAGCCCACCCUCCUCUUCAAGUCUACUUUACUCUAG